AUGCAGAUCUUCGUCAAGACUCUCACCGGCAAGACCAUCACCCUUGAGGUUGAGUCCAGCGACACCAUCGACAACGUCAAGUCCAAGAUCCAGGACAAGGAGGGCAUUCCCCCGGACCAGCAGCGUUUGAUUUUUGCUGGAAAGCAGCUGGAGGAUGGCCGCACUCUGUCCGACUACAACAUCCAGAAGGAGUCCACCCUCCACCUUGUCCUUCGUCUCCGUGGUGGUAUGCAGAUUUUCGUCAAGACCCUCACUGGAAAGACCAUCACCCUUGAGGUCGAAUCGAGCGACACUAUCGACAAUGUCAAGUCUAAGAUUCAGGACAAGGAGGGUAUUCCUCCUGACCAGCAGCGUCUGAUCUUUGCUGGUAAGCAGCUGGAGGAUGGCCGCACUCUGUCCGACUACAACAUCCAGAAGGAAUCUACCCUUCACUUGGUCCUGCGUCUGCGUGGUGGUAUGCAGAUCUUCGUCAAGACCCUCACCGGAAAGACAAUUACUUUGGAAGUUGAAUCGUCCGACACGAUCGACAACGUGAAGUCUAAGAUUCAAGAUAAGGAGGGUAUUCCUCCUGACCAACAACGUCUCAUUUUCGCUGGAAAGCAGUUGGAAGAUGGACGCACCUUGUCGGACUACAACAUCCAAAAAGAGUCUACCCUUCAUCUUGUCCUUCGUCUCCGUGGUGGUAUGCAAAUCUUCGUCAAGACCCUUACUGGCAAGACAAUCACAUUGGAGGUUGAGAGCUCAGACACAAUCGACAACGUGAAGAGCAAGAUCCAAGACAAGGAGGGCAUUCCUCCGGAUCAGCAGCGUCUCAUCUUCGCUGGUAAGCAGCUGGAAGAUGGGCGCACGCUCUCUGACUACAACAUCCAGAAGGAGAGCACUCUGCACUUGGUUCUUCGUCUUCGUGGCGGUAACUAA